AUGGAUCUCGAAAAACAACACUACGACGAGUCCUCGGGCCAGUCUGAAGCAAACGAUAUUAUGAACGACUCUGGCGACGAACAGAAGCAAGCAGCUGAGCCUGAGGUGCUACAGCGAGACGAGCACGAUGCCGUUGCAAGUCUGGGUCCCGUUGAUACUCGAGGCUCAGGCAUGUCACAGGAAGAGGCCCUCUCCCAGAUCCUCUCACAUCCUAGACACAGAGAAACAAACGCUCCUCUGCCACCAAUGGGCAACGGUAAGGAGUACCCACCGCUGCUGCCUUCUCGAGAUGCCUACCUGGUGGGCUUCGAUGGUCCCAAUGACCCUCUGCAUCCAUUUAACUGGCCUCUUCGACAAAAGCUGAUGAUCUCGUGCGUGUUGGGCUUUUCGACUUUCGUCGUCACCUGGGGCUCGGCCGUGUUUGCGCCCGCAUCCCCUCACAUUGCCAAACAGUAUGGCGUCAUCCAGGAAGUCACCACUCUGGGUAUCUCACUCUAUGUUUUUGGUUUCGCGACAGGCCCCGUUGUGUGGGCUCCCCUGUCCGAGCUGUUUGGUCGAAAGCUGCCCAUUUGCAUUUCCGCCUUCAUGAUCAUGUGCUUCACCUUCGGAGUGGCUGCCGCCAAAGACCUCCAGACAAUCAUGCUGUGCCGAUUCUUUGCAUCUUGUACCGGUUCCGCUCCCUUGGUCGUGGUGGCUGCUGCCUUUGCUGAUAUCUACAACAACAAGCAGCGAGGUAUCGCUGUGCUCAUGUUUGCCUCUGUCGUCUUUAUUGGCCCUAUUAUCGCUCCUGUGGUUGGAGGUUUCAUUUCCGAGUCCUACCUCGGAUGGAGAUGGACCAUGUACAUCACCGGAAUCAUGGCCGCUCUGGGCGCCAUUCUAGCAGUUGCCUUUUACAAGGAGUCAUACCACCCAAUGCUGCUGACACAGCGAGCCAAGGAGCUGCGAGAGCGAACCGGAAACUGGGGCAUCUACGCUUCCCAGGAGGUUGUCGAGCUCGACCUACACGCCAUCAUCUCUCAGAACCUGGUGCGGCCCAUCAAGAUGCUCUUCACCGAGCCCAUCCUGCUGCUCAUCACCAUCUACACCUCCUUCAUCUACGGUAUUCUCUACCUCUUCCUGGAGGCCUACCCCAUUGUCUUCAUCGAGGGCUACAAGAUGUCCCCCACCAUUGGCGAGCUGCCCUACCUGGGAGUCCUGGUCGGCUUCAUCUUCUCGUGCCUGUUCGGUUGCUUCAUCUUCGAGCCCCGAUACAUUGCUGCCGUGGAACGAAACAACGGCAAGCCCGUGCCUGAGGCCCGUCUCAUCUUCAUGAUGUCUGGAGCUAUCACCUUCCCUAUUGGAAUCUUCUGGUUCACCUGGAGCGGAAACUAUCACGAACACGUCCACUGGGCCGUCCCCACCGUCUCCGGUCUCUUUUCUGGCUACGGUCUCAUGUCCAUUUUCGUGGCUGCCCUAAACUACAUUGUUGAUUCCUACCUCAUUGUUGCUGCCUCUGCUCUGGCCGCCAACACCUUCAUGCGAUCCAUCUUCGCAGGAGUCUUCCCUCUCUUCGCUGGAUACAUGUUCCAUGCCAUGCACGUCAACUGGGCCGGUCUGCUAAUUGGUCUCGUGGCCUGUGCUCUGGCCCCUGUUCCAUUCCUUUUCUACAUCUACGGCCAGCGAAUCCGACGAUCCUCCAAGUACGCCUUUGACUUGUCCUAG